AUGUUGCGAUUUUACAGGAGUUUCUCUGCUUGCAGAGCGGUGCUAAACAAUGGCAAGACAAUCAAUCCAUUCGAUAAGUUGGCUGACAAGCAGAGUCUUCUGACGACUGGUAUGAUGUCAGGGUUUGGUAUGAGACAGGACAAGAAAUCUAACAUCCUAGUCAGUGCAGAAGAUAUGCAGCUACGAGAGGAGGCGUUGGAGACGCCUAUUAGAGGUGUUCAGGCUGGUAGAACAGUUGGAGUGAUAAAUGGGGAUACUGCUACUGCAGUGAGAAGAUUGACCACUAAACUGAUUGCUAAUGGGGUGCCCAUGGAUAAGAGAAAGCAGAGGUUCCACAUGAAGCCCGGUAAAGCUGCGGAAUUAAAGAGAUCUCAACGCCAUAGACGUGAUUUCAAGAAAGGUUUCAAGAGACUCAUCGAGAUUGUCAAGGAUGCCAGAAGGAAAGGUUACUGA